AUGAAUUAUCCGUAUACUCUGAUUUUUUUACUGAAAACCACUGCUCUACUUAUCAUUCAAAUCUUCCAGGCAGCUGAGACUACCGAACUUUCAGGUUGUGAGAAGUGUGAUUUACGUUCAACAUUUUGUCAAAAAAAUAGCAGUACGGGUAAAGUGAAUUGUAUAUGCCGUUCUGGCUUUGUUGCUGAUAGUAUUGGAAAAUGUCGCCAUAUGCUUGAUCAUCGCGAAUUAAAUAUGUCAAAUAAUAAAUGUAUUUCGGGACAAGAUGAAGGAAUGGCUGCAAAAAUAUUAUCGGGAAUGCUAAAAAAAUACGAUCGAAAUUUGGUACCAACUGAAGAAGGUGUUGAUGUGGAUGUUGAAAUACUCAUUCAACAGAUAUCCGAAAUUUCCGAAAUACAUAGCAGCUCUAAAAUGCAUAUCUUAUUGGCGCAAAUAUGGCGAGAUCCUAACCUAUCAUUUGAAGACGUCCAAGGAGCAGAUUGUGUGCAAAAUUUAACUUUAUCACAUCGUAUGGUAGAGAAAGUAUGGUUGCCCAAUGUAUGUAUCGUAAACAGUAAGGGAUCAGUAAUUCAUGAAUCGCCCACACCGAAUGUUUUCCUUUCUAUUCUUCCAAAUGGCACCGUUUGGAUAAAUUACAGGAUUAUGGUGGAAACACCGUGUGAAAUGGAUUUUUCGAUUUUUCCAAUGGAUCGUGUUGAAUGCACAAUGGUUUUUGAAAGUUAUUCAUUUAAUAUUGGUAAAGUUCGUUUGCACUGGAAGCGCCAUGGAAUUCCGGUGGAAGUAAUCGGGGAAACUAAUUUACCGGAUUUCCAUAUGACACAUUAUAUUCAUGAAAAAGCAACGUUCCAUUAUCCAGCGGGUGUUUGGGAUCAUCUAAACAUAAAGUUAUAUUUUCGUCGCUCUUAUGGUUUCUACUUGUUGCAAAUUUAUCUUCCAACCUACUGUAUGGUACUCAUUUCAUGGAUAUCAUUUUGGUUGGAUCGUCGAUCGCUUCCAGCUCGGGUCACCGUUGGCGUUUCGUCAAUGAUGGCACUUACUUUGCAAUAUUCCAAUGUCGCAAGGACACUUCCAAAGGUCUCAUAUGUAAAAGGUUUGGAUUUAUUCAUGUUCGGUUGUGUUGGUUACAUAUUUUUAUCAAUUGUUGAAUUAGCUAUUGUUGGAAUGUUGGAGAAACCGACGACGUUAAGGAGUCAGGGAAGUAUUGAGAAUGAUAUUAUUGAUGAUACUCCCUCAUCCCUGAAUGAACCCCGAUCAAGUAGACGAUUAUUCAGGAGAAAUCGUCGGAAGAAGUUACCACUUAUUGGACGGGUUGAUGAAGACUCACGGAUGUCUGAUUUUCAUCUAAGCGACAGUUUAUGGAUGCCUAAUGCAGCAGCAUUCGUCGAGAGCAGUGAACCGUCCACAUUUCAACAUCCGGAAAUAAUGAAAUUAACUGACUACAAUGGUGAUAAUACAAGUCGUUGUUUGCCCUGUCCAAUCUUUGAAGAAACAAGGAGUCACAGCAAACGUCGCAAAAAAAAACGGAGCAAGGGACGGAAAUUUCUGCGACAUUGGACCGGUGAAGAUAUGGACAACUUAUGUCAGAAGGCUUUUCCGAUUUCAUUUAUACUAUUGAAUUUGAUAUAUUGGACAUAUUACACCGCAAAAUCGAGUGACUAA